AUGUGCCACAUCAUGAGUCUCCUGGGGAGGGUAGCUGCGCAUCGUGCCAGGAAAGCCGCCCUACUCUGUGUAGUGUUCCUGAUGGCACGAGCAUGGAGCAGCGCCUCCCUGGCCUUAGGGGCGGCGGCGUCUCAAGGAUCCCAGGGCUGUCCCCCACAGUGCUCUUGCAGUAAUCAGCAGGGGAAGGUGGUUUGCACCCGACGGGGCCUCACUCGCGUUCCCUCGGGCAUACCGGCCAACACGCGACACCUCAAUCUGAUGGAAAACGCCAUUGAGGCGGUGCAGGCUGACUCAUUUCGCCACCUGCACCACCUUGAGGUUCUCCAGCUUGGGCGAAAUGCUAUUAGGCAGAUUGAGGUGGGCGCGUUUAAUGGACUUACCAGCCUCAACACUCUAGAGCUGUUUGACAACCGGUUGACGGUGGUACCCAGUGGGGCCUUUGAGUACUUGUCCAAACUAAGAGAACUGUGGCUAAGGAACAACCCCAUUGAAAGCAUUCCUUCCUAUGCCUUUAACCGGGUGCCCUCCCUAAUGCGACUGGACCUUGGAGAGUUACGAAAACUGGAGUACAUCUCAGAAGGAGCUUUCGAGGGCCUACAAAAUCUCAAGUACCUCAACUUGGGCAUGUGCAACAUCAGGGGAGAUAUGCCAAACAUGAGUCCCCUCAAGGGCUUGGAAGAGCUGGAGAUCUCUGAAAAUUACUUCCCCGUGAUAAAGCCGAGCUCUUUUAUAGGCCUGAGAUCGCUGAAAAAGCUAUGGGUGAUGAACUCUCAGAUAACGGUGAUAGAACGCAAUGCCUUUGAUGAUUUGCCGUCACUAGUGGAGCUUAAUCUCGCCCAUAAUAAUCUGAGCUCUGUGCCCCAUGAUUUGUUCUCCCCGCUCAGGUACUUAGUGGAGCUUCAUCUCCAUCACAAUCCUUGGAACUGUGGCUGUGAUGCCGUAUGGUUAGCACGCUGGCUAAGGGAAUAUAUCCCCACAAACUCAACUUGCUGCGGGCGCUGCAACUCACCUGCCACCAUGAGAGGUCGACAGCUUGUAGAAGUGGACCAAGGUGAGGGGGCGGCUACCCAGUGUUCUGCUCCGUUCAUCGCAGAUGCUCCCAGAGAUUUGAACAUCUCAGCUGGGAGAGUCGCCGAGCUUCGGUGUCGCACAGCCCAGAUGUCGUCAGUACGCUGGCUCUUACCCAAUGGGACUAUCCUGACACAUGCCUCCAGUCAUCUGAGGAUGUCGGUACUUAACGAUGGAACCUUAAAUUUCUCAAACGUCCUUACUUUGGACACUGGCACGUACACCUGCAUGGUAUCCAAUGCAGCCGGGAAGUCCAAUGCUUCGGCCUACCUAAACGUGAGUGCGGCUGAGCUGAACACGUCCAACUUGAGCUACUUCACAACAGUGACAGUGGAAGUCUUGGGCCCGACCACAGAGAUGCCCAAACCCAAGAAGACUACUACUACGACAUCUGCUGUUACUGCGGUGGCCGGCGUUGCGGGAGGAGGACUUGGCCUUGGAACAACCACCACAACUGCCUCACCCUCCAUCUUUCAGCCAGUGUUCAUUUCCACACCGACUGUGUUGCUACAAAGCACCGACAGCCCGCCCGGUGCUGCCAAGCCAUCUGUUGUGCCCGGACUCAAAGGGGCCACAGGCAAACCUGGAAAAUCAGGCCCGAGUCUUGACGAAGUCAUGAAAACAACCAAGAUCAUAAUCGGCUGCUUUGUGGCAGUGACGCUGAUGGCUGCCGUGAUGCUCAUCGUCUUCUACAAACUGAGAAAGCGCCACCAACAAAGGAGCACCGUGGCGGCUGCUCGCACCGUGGAGAUCAUCCAGGUUGACGAGGAAGACCUUCCACCACCAGCUUCUGCAGCUCAAGAGACGGCUCUGACGCUACCCGAAAUAAGGGACCACAACAGCAUACACAAACUGGACUAUCUCAGUCACAAAACAGACUACAGCUAUCAUAAGCCCAAGGCUGAAUACAAACCACAGCCCGAUUUCACCCUUCACAAGCCGAAAGCAGAGUAUACAACAUACAAGCCCAAUAUGGACUUCCACGGCCACAGAUCCACACCAGAUUUUAGCCUCCAUAGACCAAAGCUUGACUACAGCCCUUUUAGACAGGAAUACAACACUCACAAACCCAAAGCCGAAAACAGCCCGUUCAAAGGAGACUUUGGGACUCAUCCGAAAACAAGGACAGACUACAGCCCUUUCAAAUCAGACUACAGCACUCAUCCGAGGCAAAAGACAGACUUUAGCCCAUUUAAAAGAGAUUACAGUACCCAACCGAAAUCCAAACACGACUACAGCCCGUUAAGAUCGGACUACAAUACUCAGCAUAAACACAAGGUUGAAUACAGCCCGUUCAAGCACGACUUCGGAACUCAUCCGAGGUCCAAACCGGAUUACAGUCCAUUCAAGCCUGGCUACAGCACUCAGCCCAAACCCAAAACGGACUACAGUAUCCAGAAAUGUAAAACUGAUAGCAACUACAACUCCAAGGACCCUUAUAACACUUUCAAGACAAACUUCAGCCCACGCAAGGCGGACUUCAGCGCCUUCAAAUCAGAAUUCAGUCCUCACGUGCAGAGACCCAAAAUGGAUUAUAGUCCGCAUAAAGUGGACUACAGCCCCCAUAAAAUGGACUUCAGCACUAUGAAGCCAAAAUACAACACGUACAAACCGAGUGGCCACGGUGCGAAAUGGACCGAAAACAACGUGGGGAAUUCUUUGCCUCGAACCUUGCCCAGCACCAUCACAGCACUGGCUGAGCCCUUUGUCAUUAAAACUCACACCAAGGAGAAAGUACAGGAGACUCAGAUUUAA